GGAGUUUUAUCGCAGUCGUGCGUACAAAAGGAAUCCAAGCUCCGUGGAUCCUUCGAUCCCUAUCCCCAGGCCGAGGUGUGGAAGACCGAGUCUGGAUUAAGUCAGUUGGGCCCUCGGUCCCCCCCAAUCAUACCCAAGCAAGUCCUAAGUCGUCCGAAAACCCCAAGCCAUUACCGUGUAGAUACAACGACCUUUUUCUCCAUCUAUUAAUCGCCAUAGCCGCAGAGUCGAUCUUGUUGUGUUUUCCAUAUGUCAAUACUCAUCCCGCUCUCCCAAGAAACCCUUCUUCCAUUGAAGCGAGACCUCUGCCGGCGUCCCUGCAGCUACCUCCGCACGAGAUCCAAGGGCUGGAGUCGAUUUUCCAAUCGUCAUACGACUGCAAGCUUCAGCAUUGCGUCUUCGCCUGCGCCGUCAUUUCACCACCAAUCAUUGGCAACUUCUGCAGCAUUUCCACCCCGCGCAAACAAACUGGCUCCUUCCAAAAUUUCUCCCUCUCCCACUCCCACUUCCACUCCGCCCCUCCUUACCUCACCUUCUCUCCGUUCUCAAUCCACCACUGCCACCAGAGCCUCUCAACUUGCCAGACACUUUUCAUCUUCCUCAUCACAAGCUUCCACAAUGUCGUACAGCAAGCAACCUUCGGAGUUUCAGCCGCGCAAGGUUGGAGCUCUCCACACUGGCGAGUUCAGAACCUACAUUGAGCAGAAUGGCGUCCCUGUCUCUCCCUUCCACGACAUUCCUCUGUACGCCAAUGAGCAACAGACCGUCCUCAACAUGAUUGUCGAGAUUCCUCGUUGGACAAAUGCCAAACUUGAGAUUUCCAAAGAAGAAUUUUUAAAUCCUAUCAAGCAAGAUGUUAAGAAAGGAAAGCUCCGCUUCGUCCGCAACUGUUUCCCCCACAAAGGCUACCUCUGGAACUACGGUGCUUUCCCAAGAACAUGGGAAGACCCCAACGUUGUCCACCCCGAGACCAAGGCCAAGGGUGACAAUGAUCCAUUGGACGUUUGUGAAAUCGGUGAGCUGGUUGGAUAUACCGGCCAGGUCAAGCAGGUCAAAGUCCUCGGUGUCAUGGCCCUGUUGGACGAGGAGGAAACCGAUUGGAAGAUCAUUGUCAUUGAUGUCAACGACCCACUGGCUCCCAAAUUGAACGACAUUGAAGAUGUUGAGCGCCAUCUCCCCGGCCUUCUCCGAGCCACCAACGAAUGGUUCCGCAUCUACAAGAUCCCAGAUGGAAAGCCCGAGAACCAAUUUGCCUUCAGCGGAGAAUGCAAGAACAAGAAGUAUGCCGAGGAAAUCAUCCGCGAGUGCAGUGAUGCCUGGGAACGCUUGAUCACUGGCAAGCAGUCCCGAGGUGACAUCAGCUUGGCCAAUGUGACCAACAGUGCAUCCCCGGACCGUGUCGACCAGAGUGCUUUGUCCAAGGUCCCUGCCGGCCAAAACCUUGCCCCUGCUCCCAUCGACGGCACCGUGGACAAGUGGUUCUUCAUCUCUGGUGCGGCCGUCUAGUCGAUUUCAACCCCCAGAACCCUUUUCGCUGAUACCAUCCAGGAGCUGGAGCAACCUCUACCGAUUACAUCAACAAAUAGAGUGCAAAUUGUAGAGAAUAGGCUUGCAUGCGCAACAGCACCAUCAGGGUACAAUGGCGAGGAGCGCGGAUCAAGGAUUGCGCGUGGCAGCACCGGACAAUCCCAUGAACUGUCUCUUCCAAUUGAGGACAAGCUAGAAAAAAAAGCAGCCCAAUCAACGUAUCCGACAAGACCAUCUCUUUAUUCUAUCGUGAUCUCAACAGGCUGCCUCUAUGAGACGUUUUCUAAGUGAUAUGCAGAUCAGGACUAGGAAAUGCGCGAGAUGGGAUUGAUGACGCGUUAUGCCCAGUUGAGAUUCUUGAUUGCCUAGAAGCCUGAAUCUGUAUUCCCCCUUCCCCCACCCUCCCUCUACCU